UUAGCUUGCAUGUUUGACUGAUGUAAUGUCAUUGUGUGUGUCUACAGUUCCUCCUCAGUUCUUGAGUUAUCCCUCAAACACAUACGCACAUGAGAGCACAGAUAUCGAGAUGGAGUGUGCCGUGACAGGAAACCCACAGCCCACCGUCCGCUGGGUGAAGAAUGGAGAGGUGGUCAUACCCAGCGACUACUUCCAGAUCGUGGAGGGGGGGAACCUGCAGAUUUUGGGUCUAGUUCGUUCUGAUGAAGGGUUCUAUCAGUGUAUCGCUGAGAAUGAAGCUGGAAACAGUCAGGCCACGGCCCAGCUGAUCCUCUUGCAGCCCGGUAAGAGAAAAACACACGCGUGUGCUUUACAUCAUGCUUAAACAUGCUGACCUCAGACCAGCUCCGCUCCUGAGCUCUGCUGUAUUCACAGCACAUGUCAUACUGGUCUCAGAUCAGCUGUCAGCGGCAGAUAUUGCACAUAAUGUCAUCCUUCAGCACCACAUCAUCAACACGGCUGAUCAUCUGUACGCAUACGCGCG